CCUCAUCCUGGAAGUUAUUAAAUUGGAAAGAACAUUCAAGUGCUCUGCCUACUGAAGCCCUACGAAGCAAUGAAAUAUCACUCUCAUCCAGAGAAUCUAGAUGAAGAUGGAUAUACUCAAUUAGACUUCAGGACUCGAGGCAUCCACAAAAGACCCGAAGGAUCAGAGAAAGGAAGCCAGGCUUCAUCUCCUCCUUGGCGGCCUAUUGUGGUGGCUUUGGGAAUCCUGUGCUUGGUUGCACUAGUGGUUGCUUCAGUCCUGGGUGUCCUAGCAUUUUGGAGAUUCAAUUCAGGGAGAAAUCCAGAGGAGAAAGAAAACUUCCCGUCAAGAAAUAAGGAGAACCACAAACCCACAAAAUCAUCUUUAGAUGAGAAGUUGGCUCCCUCCAAGGCAUCCCAGACUACAGAACAUUUUUCUGGGCCUUGCCCCCCUAACUGGGUCAUACACGAGAAGAGCUGUUAUCUAUUUAAGAUGUCACGAAAUUCCUGGGCUGGAAGUAAGAGACAUUGCUCCCAGUUAGGUGCUCAUCUACUGAAGAUAGACAACUCAAAAGAAUUUGAGUUCAUUGAAAGCCAAACAUCUUCUCACCAUAUUAAUUCAUUUUGGAUCGGCCUUUCCCGUAACCAGACUGAAGGGCCUUGGUUCUGGGAGGAUGGCUCACCAUUCAUUCCCAACUCGUUUCAAGUCAGAGAUACAGCUUCCAAGGAAAGCUUACUGCACAACUGUGUAUGGAUUCAUGGGUCAGAGGUCUUCAACCAAAUCUGUAAUAUUUCCACAUUCAGUAUCUGUGAGAAGCAACUAUAAAUGAAAGAAUGGAGAUGAAGAA